AUGAAUAUACCUAAUUUGAUUAAUGAAUAAAGGAUUCAUAUGAAAGAAUCAAUAAAUAUUAUAGAACAAUCAUUUGAAUAAGUUAAUUUACAGUUUAAAACUUACGAUAUGUGCUUUUUAAGCUACUUAGAAUGCUUAUUUGUAACUGACUAUCUCUUUAGUAUAUAUGAAGCUGACGAAAUUUAAAAGCAAACUAUAUUAGAAAAUGUUAAAAGUAUGACACUCUCUAAAAAAUACUCUGCUUAAGUAAAAAGAGAUGAUUUUAAGGUUUAUCUUGCCAAUGCCCUUUCUGGUUUAAAAAAGAGAGAAAAUAAUAUCGUGAUAGAAGAUUUACUUAAAUAUAUUGACACUUAAUUAAUCAUGGAAAUUGAAAGAUAUUGGAAUGAUUUAAAAGAAUAAAAAGAUAUCACAUUCAUUAGUAAAGAUGAAAGUAUUUAAUUGAUUUAAGACAUAAUCUAGAAAUACAGAAUUGAUUAUUCGCUGGUUUGUGAAUUAGUUGAAAAUGAAUUAGAAGCGAUUCACAAAUUUGUUUUCUUUGAAGAUUUUAUAUCAAUUCUUCUCAAAAUUGCAAAGGAGCAUAAUUUUUAUAAAAAAAAAUAUAUCAAACGACACAAAUAAGAUUGUGGUUGUUAAAUUUUUUGA